AUGUCCACCGUUAAUGUUUUAAGAUAUACCGCCCUUGGGCUUGGAUUGUGGUGUGGGUUCAGAAAUGAUUUGUUCUUGAGGAAGAGUGCUGCUCAACGUGAUGAGGAGAAGCGUUAUAAUGACGAAUUGGAGUUGAUCAGAGAAGCAAGGAGAGAGUACACCAAAUUAUAUCCAGUGCAGAACAGUUCUUCCAGUGGAAAAUUAGAAGAUAUUAAGUUAGAUGAUCCUAAUCUAGAUUUUGCUCAGGUUAUAUUGCAAGCUGUUGAUUCGUUGAGGACCACAUCCUGA